AUGAUAAGGAUGAAGAUGAGGAUGCUAACCACGAGCCCACGACCAGGUAAUCGUUCUUUUAUCACUCAUUUUCUGCUGAAAAGAAGUGAAUUUCAUUCUGAUGCUGAUAAUAAUGUUAGUGAUAUGGAGACUCUGAUUCAAACACGGUGCAAAUCUGGAACACUUAAGUCACAGGAAGCAUUGGUUGAUGGGUUGAAGGAAGCCACAAAGUUGUUGAAUAAAAUGAUGGGUGAAGGAAUCCCACCAAAUGUUGUAACCCUUAACAUUGUUAUAAAAUAUCUUUGCAAGUGCCGAAGGACCAAUGAAGCCCUCACUGUGCUAGAGCUAAUGACUGAAGGAGGUCUAAAACCUAACGUUGUCACUUACAACUGUUUAAUAUAUAGCAUGUGCCAUAGAGCUCAAUCGGGAGAAGCCACAAGGUUGUUUGAUGAAAUGGUAGGUCAAGGGAUCUUACCUGAUGCCAUAACGUUGGGAACACUUUUGGAUGCUCUCUUCCAAGUAAGGAUGACAGAGGAGGCUCGCAAAGUAUUUGAGGCAAAAAUUAAGGCUGGUAUGGAGCUUAGCACAAUAUCUUGCAGUAUGUUGGUUAAGGAAUACUGUUUGCUUGGCAGGAUGGAUAAGGCAAAGAAGGUCUUUAAUUUCUUGGUGGCUCUGGGUCAUGUGGCUGAUAUUGCUUCUUGCUAUAACGCCUUGGUGAAUGGUUAUGCGCAGGAUAAAAGAAUGGGUGAAGCUUUGAGGCUUGCGAAAGAAAUGAUCCAGAAAGGAUUGAUGCCUGAUCCAGAGACACAAAAAACUUCGAAAGGUUUCCGUUGUAGAAGGCAUGCUGCAUCUGCAGAAUAA